CAAAGCUUACCCAUCAUCAACAAUCUCAACCACCCAAACCCGAGCUAGCUAGAGCAAGGCCUUUACCAUCUUUUGCAGAAAUUAAGCUGUUCUUAAGUAUCGUCAUGAAGAACCCAAUUACUAUUAGCAGCUUUAGGGUUCCUAGUUUGUUUGUUAUAACUUUGUUGGGCUCAUGCAUGGUUGUGACUCCUCAAUUAACUAAAGAUUUCUAUUCAAGUACGUGUUCAGACGUGCUAAAGGUUGUACGGAGAGAGGUCCAAAAUGCCAUUAAAGCUGAAACUCGCAUGGCGGCUUCUUUGCUUCGGCUUCACUUUCAUGACUGCUUUGUAAAUGGUUGUGAUGGAUCGGUGCUGCUGGAUGGAAGCGAUAGCGAGAAGCUUGCAAUUCCAAACCGGAACUCAGCGAGAGGAUUCGAAGUGGUGGACGCCAUUAAAAGUGCUGUGGAGAGUUCAUGCAGUGGAGUUGUUUCGUGCGCUGACAUUCUUGCGAUUGCUGCUCGAGAUUCGGUGCUCUUGAGUGGGGGAAAUGGGUGGAGUGUGUUACUGGGAAGAAGGGAUGGAUUGGUGGCAAACCAGACGGGAGCCAACUCGGCCCUUCCUGCUCCCACCGACACCCUUGACGCCAUCGCCACCAAAUUCGCCGCCGUCGACCUCAACCUCACCGACGUUGUCCUUCUUUCGGGUGCUCACACAAUUGGAUCAGCAAGAUGCGCCUCCUUUAGCGACAGACUUUCCGACUUCAACGACACCGGCGCUCCGGACAGCACCAUGGACGCCAACCUGGUGACUCAGCUGCAAAGCGCGUGCCCGACCACCGGUGACGGCAACAACACCGCCCCACUCGACGUGAACUCCAUCGACUUAUUCGACAAUCAUUACUUCCAGAACUUGCUUGUCGGAAAGGGCCUUCUCCAUUCUGACCAAAUCCUCUUCUCUGGUGACGAACCUGCCGUAUCGACGACCAAGAGUUUGGUUCAAUUCUACAGCAGCAACGCCGGCCUUUUUCUGGAUCACUUCACGGCUUCCAUGAUCAAGAUGGGAAACAAAAGCCCUUUAACCGGGUCGGCCGGUGAGAUCAGGAAGAACUGCAGGGUGGUGAAUUCAUAGACAUUGCAGUGAAGUUAAAUGAAAUCAAUCGGUCGGUUGGCAGAGGAAUAAAGAAAGAUGAAUGUCUAUCGAUUAAUUUAGAUGGUGCUAAGGUUGUCGGCUAUGUAAUCAAGUUCGUGUCUGAAACUGUUAAUGAUUUAGGUUUCAUGAAAUGUCAAAUGUAUGUGUGAUACAACAAUAAAUAAGAAAACCGAAAGAAGUUUGAAGUCCUAA